CACUACUGGAAUUGGAUUCCAGUACAAAGCAGUAAAUUGGCUAACUCUCGUAUAGCCAAUCUCCUACUAACGAAUGAUGAGGCUCUAACAACCUAAUCAGAUUCUAUCUAUCUCAGGUUGCAGCAGAAAUCAGGAAAAGCUGAUCAGACUUCAAUUGACUCAAUAAACAUGCAUCAUUCGAUUAAAACCAAACAGUAUAAUCAUCCCAAGUCAUUACAAUCAAAUCCCUGACACAUGGAACUAGGGUUCUUCAUACCCAAGUGAGAGAAGGGUUCUACUCCAUAGAGAGAGAGGGGAAAACAGAAUACAAAGCAGUCAUACUCAUAACAAUGGGAAGAAUCUGCUAUGGGAUGAUGAUUUCCACUCCUAUGACGAUCUCCAAGUUCGAUUUGAUGAAACCCAGCUCCAAGAUAGCUUCUAGGAUGUGUUCUUCGUACUUUCUCUCUCUAGGGCUCUGGUUUUGCUCUGAAAAACUCGAUUCUCUCUUUUGCAGCCCGAAAUUGGGUAAAAACAGAAAUUCCCGACUCACACGGGCAGGCCACACGGCCGUGUGGCAUACCCAGUUGCCCGUGUGAGGUCAAAACGCCGCGUUCCGAUUAUGUGGGUUUCAGGCUUCCUACACGGCCAGGGGCACACAGUCGUGUAGCUCACCCAGCCUGGCCGUGUGAAGCCUCGCAGAAUUCCACACGGCCAAAUUGCAACUUCACACGGUCGUGUGGGUUCUGUGUGUGCCCGUGUGGCUUCCUCAGCGACUCGCCGCGCGUUCGAUCUUCGUCGAAUCGACCCCGAACUCGCUCCUAAGCCUUCAUUCACUUACUAGGACCUGAAAUAUCACAAACAAACACAACCUAGUAUGAAAUCGGCCUAAAACACGAGAAUCAACACCCCAAACGGCUCCAGAAUAGGGGUAAAAACAUGUGCAAUUAACGGCUUAUCAACUGCCGUGGACGAGGCAGAGCUUAAGAAACUUCAAGCUGCCCUCGAUACGUGGAUGGAAAGGUCCGGUCCAAGAGUCACUCCGUCACUGUCGUGGCUUCUGUCCUUGGAGAAGAAGCCGUUGUCGUACCCCCGCCACCUAAGACUGCCAUCGCAAGCAAUGUCGCUCCACUGCAAUCCGGGUAAUCAGUCGAUGUCACCUUGGCUGAAUCCGUGGUUGUUGACCUAGGAAAAUCCGGCAAACAGCAGUGGUGCUUGAAGACCGCCGCAGCGGUUGUCUCCGCUACCUCACCCACAAUGCCACCGUUGAAAGUUGCCAACGACGAUGAGGAAGAUGACCGCGUCAACCUUUCCCAUGAAAUUAACCCUGGGAUGACGAAGAUCGAGGUUCCUAAGCUACGACCACCAGCUGCCUCCAAGUCUCUGCGUGUGGAAAAGGUGGACCUGAGAGCCCCACCUAAUGACAGUGCUUUGACGUGGAAAUCCAGAAAGAUAAAGAAGAAGAAACAAAGGCGGAAGUUGCUGGAGGAUAAAGCUCUGUCGGAGAAGGAGAAGGACGGGUGGGCAAUCACUAAUGCCCCUGCUGAAUUCGUUGGCGGGUCGAAAAAUGAGCAAGAAGGAUUGUUAACUGAACAAUCGCCCACGGAAAACGACAUCCUGGGAAUUGGAAAGACCGCUGCAUCCGUCUCUCACGAAGCAAUCCUGGGGACGGCUGUGACAUCUUCGCCCAACGUGUCGGUGACCAGAGCUGCCGCAACACUCAGGCUACGUGUCACCUUGCCACCGUGGCCAACGCCAUCAUUCAACGACCUCUUGUCCCUUGUGACCGUGUCGUCACCAAUCGCGGGUGAGCGCGAACUGCAAUUGCCUCACUGGGUACUGCUGGCGGUAGGGAUAUCAACCGUUGAAUGGAAGGAAUCUCCAAAUCGCAACACCCCUGGCUAAAGAAGAGAUUCCUGCAGCUGGUUUGUAAGUACGUAACUAGUGGGAAUUACACAGCCUCACUAUUUGCGAUGAAUGGGAAGUUUGGAAGGGGUAUGGAGGUUAUGGAGUUUUGUAGCCAGGAAGGUUGUAACUGGGGCUCUCUUUGGGGGUGGGGAUCUAUAAUGGGCAAGACUUGCAAUUCCCAGCUUGGGGCGAAGGUGGAGGUUCUAUGGAUGAGGAACAAUUUAUGAAUUCAAUUUGGAUGGAUGCUGCGCUAUCGGGAGAGGAGUCCAGUGGUGGAGUAGCAGCUCAAAACCCGAGCGGGCAAGGGAACAGGUGGAGCAUAAUGAAUGCAUUCAUUUAUGACCGGAAUGCGUGGACUAGCCGUCGGGGGUCGGGCCAAAGGGAAGGAGUUGGAGUUUCGGUUUUCACUUCAAAGCUCAAUAACAUGAACCAUGCAUCCCUGCAACAAGUUCAUUGCAGAGGGCCCAGGGAGUACCGCCGAAUGUGGGAGAUAAAGGCGAGAUGGAAAAAAGUUAGAGAAGGCACCAUUGAUGGAAAAUUUAAGGAGCUAGCGAGUACUGACUCAAGACUCACUAUAGGAGGUGAAUUCUCAAAAAUGUUGGCGGAAAUAAUGCACAGCUCAAGCUUGGGUGGAAAGCUCAAGAAGGUGAUUCGAGGGCUGAUAGCUUCACUAUAGGAGUAAAAUCACAAGGAUGGGGAAUGGGUACUAGCCGCGAAAGGGUCAUCAUCUUUGUCGAAAGGAAGAUGAUAGAUCCUAUGCUAGAAGGUGUUUUUGGAGCAAUGGGAAGGUGGAAUUAUUUGAUGAAGUUUGAAGUGAGGAACAGGGACUCAUUUGAUCGUGAUCGUGGUUGUGGUAAUGAUGAUAUGCACUUCUUGGCAGGAGGAGGAUCGAUGGAAGCUGGAGAUGCUUGUAAUGGAGGCACUUGUAAACUCCAACGAAAUUGGAAGAAAAGAAGGCGGAAGAAGGGGAAUCCUCGAUGCAUUGCUUUCGCAAGAAGGAUAGAAGAGUGGGUCAAGUGGAUCAACCUUGAGGGCAAGGUUGAACUUAAGGGGGAGGAGAUGAUAGAAACACGGUUUUCGUGUUUAUCAUAUUUAUCAUUAUUAGUACUAUUAGUAUUUUAUUAGAUAUGGUUAGUAGUCGUUUAGUCGUAAUAGGUUUAGUAUUAGGGUUUUUUUGUAUUUCCCUAUAUAUAUGUACAUGGGAUCUUUCGUGAGAUUAAGCAGAAAUUAAUAGAAAAGUCAUCC